CUCAGAGCCAACAAGUGAGUUAGGAAGCCACCGAUCCCCCAGUCAAGGAAAUCCUCAUCCCGAUAAGGAGAACCAUCCGCAGAAUGCAUUGCCUGCUUCAACUGAGUCUGGCUGUGGCCCUUUGCGCCCUCUUAGCCCCAACCGCCACCUUGGCCGAACGCCGCAAUGUGUACCGCGUGGGUGCCGGGCAGCGCUCCUCGGAGGCCGCCCAGGAGGCCCGCUUCACCUCCUCGAUUGCCAACAAGCUGACCUCGCUGAAGGGCUCGACCACGACGACCACGGUGGCGCCCACCACCACCACAAUUCCCUCCUCCACCACCACCACGGAGACCACGUCGCCCACGGGACCCACCACCUCCACCGGCACCUCGACGAGCACCACCACCCCCACCACCACCACCUCGCCCUCCGGCCGCGAGUUUGGAAACCAGCACGAGGAGAUCGCUGACGAGGACGACGAGGAGAUGCCCAGGUCGUUCGAGGAGGAGGACGACGACGAGGCCGGCAGCCUGGAGGACGACGACAACGACGAGGACGACGAGGAGAGCUUCUACGUGGCCGCCCCCUCCGCCGGCGGCAGCAGCAGCGCCGUCCAGCAGUCCUCCGCCUCCGACGCCUCGGUGGUCCGCCCCUCGGAGCUCCAGUGGCGCCAGUUCCAGCAGGAGCAGCGCAACCGCCGCCGCAUCCAGCGCCUCCAGCGGGAGCACAACCAGCGGAUCCGGGCUCUGCUGCGCCGCCAGCGGGCCGCCGACAAGCGCAGCCAGCAGCGACUGAGGCGCCAGCGCCAGCAGAACCGCCGCCGCGUCUCGCAGAAGCAGCGCCGCAACCGCAACCGCUCGAAGGCCCAGCGGCAGCGUCAGCGCCGCAACAACAUGAGCCGCCGCCGCCGGCAGCAGCAGCAGCGCCAGCGCCGCCACCGCCAGCAGCAGCGCCGCCGGCUGAUGCGCCUCCUGCGCCGUCGCGGUCGUCGCGGCGGUCGUCGCAACUGA